AUGACUGAAAGUCCAGGAAAUCCAAAUAACAAUGCUCAACAGGCGAUAGAUUCACCUGGUGAUGAGGGCUUCGAGAACAUACCAAACUCACCAAGCAGCGGAUCAUUCGUUCAUAUUACAAGCCCUUCAUUGGAUGACAUGGUGUCUCCAAUGUUGACCGCAAACGACAACCAGGCGGGAGACGACCACCUCCUCCAACCAAACAACGACAGCAUCAAUAACAACAACAUGAUGACGGACGACCAGAAGAGUCCGGGCAACUUUGGCGCAAACGACGUCGACGCCGACGCAGACACCCACGCCGACACACCCGUGGAGGGCGGCGGAGAGGGCGGACAGGCCUCACAAAAGACAAGUGCCCGAGCUUUCGCCAAAGCCGCCUUUACCGGCGUUAAUGACAGCAAAAGUGGCGACAAUGAGCAGGGCGACUCCACAAUGGAGGAGGCCAACAGCAACACUGAUGCUGCUCCACAGGCCGACGCCAUGGACAAUGAGUACGCCAUUCUCAGCCAGGGUGAGAUGCAGGAGCUCAACAACAAGUUGCGCAACACUGUGCGCACUGCGCCACUCAAGAUCAACGACACCUGGUACAUCAUCAUUCAGAGCUGGUACGACAGGUGGAGGACCAACAUGUACACGCCCGAGGAGGUCGGCCCCAUCCAGAACGAGUCGCUGCUGCUGCCCGACACCGACUUCCUCAAGCCCGGCCUGGUCGAGAACCAGCACUUCACAGUGGUGCCCCAGUCCGUGUGGGACGUCCUCUCCAAGAUCUACAAGUGUCCCACGGUGAUCCCGCGCAAGGUCAUCAUCAACAUUGUCACGCUGACCAUCGACUACAAGUUCCCCCAGAAGCUCCGCUUCUUCAAGUCGUCCGCCAGUGACAAGAUCAUCGAUCACUACGUCUCCAAGAAUGAGACCAUUGGAAAGGUCAAAGAUAGAGUGUGCAAACUGUUAGAGGUUGAGCCACCCAACAUUAGGAUGUGGGAUUACUACAACAACAGCAAAUAUGCUGAGCUCAAGAACCCAGAGUACGUCUCCAACUCAAGACUAGUCGAUGAUCAAUUGAUCUUACUUGAUGAACGUUUAGCAGAUGGUACAUGGCCACCAGAGAAGACUCAGACUUAUGGAUACUAUUCAAGAUUCCAUCAACGUCAGGGACCAGCUCGUCCUGGUAUUACUGGACUGGAUAACCUUGGAAACACAUGCUUCAUGAACUCUUCACUCCAAUGUCUGAGCAACACAACACCAUUGACGAGGUAUCUUUUGAACGACAAACAUAUUGCAGACUUGAACAAGGACAACCCUUUGGGAUGUCAUGGUGAUCUUGCCGUGGAGUACGCCAACUUGAUCAAGCAGGUGUGGCGCGGUGACCUGUCUAGCGCAGGCCCACGCAGCUUCAAACAACAGAUUGAGCGUUUCGCACCACAGUUCAUGGGCUAUCAUCAACAUGACUCGCAAGAGUUGCUGGCCUUUUUGCUCGAUGGUCUCCACGAGGACAUGAACAAGGUCAAGAAGAAGCCCUUCAUCGAGGGCAAAGACUAUGACGGCCGUCCCGACGAGGCGAUCGCCAAGGAGCAGUGGGAGAUGCAUCGCGCCCGUAACGACUCGAUCAUCGUCGACUGGUUCCAAUCACAGCUCAAGUCGCGUCUCGUCUGUCCCGUCUGUGACAAGGUGUCCAUCACGUUCGACCCAUUCAUGUACCUUUCGCUGCCACUGCCAGUGAACGUGCGCAAGAUGUUCCAGGUGGUGUUUGUGCCCUAUGACAGCACCAAACUGCCCAGCGUGCACAACAUUGAGAUGUCAAAGACAGGCGUCUUUGAGGAGAUGAUCGACCUGGUGUCCAAGAACGUCGAGGUCGAGGCCAGCCGCAUCGUGGCCACCAACCACCACAUGUCGCAGAUCAUCAAGAUAUACAAGCCCACUCAGUCGGUCGAGAUCGUUAGCAACCGUGACACAAUCGUCCUCUACGAGAUCAAUGGCAAGGAGGGCUAUCACAACUUCAAGGUUACAAUGAGGACGUCGCCCUACUCCAACCACUUCCCCUUCAUCCUGUCGCUGUCCAAGGCACCCGAGACCAUUGACGACCUCUACUGGCACAUCCUGGAGAGACUCCAGAACCUGAUCAAGCUGCCCGACAAGGUCAAGGAGAUCUUUGACAAUAAUCAGAAACCUGUGCCACCCCAGGAGAACCCCGAGAACGACGAGUACGACUCGUACAGGAACAAGUACAUGGAUUCGUACUCAAUGUACGCCAUGAGGAGGAAGCCCAGAGUCAAGGACCCAAGGUUCAUCUUCCAGAUGGUGCCCGAGUCGCAAAAGAUCGAGCAGAAGGACUUCAACUUUGACCCGAUCAACUUUGACGCCAUCACCGUCACCUGGGAGGACGAGGAGUUUGAGACGUACUUUGACGCCGAGAAGCUGCAGAACGCCAUCCCCUCGAUGGUCUUCCACAAGGACGUGUCGACAGAGAAGGAGUUGACGCUGAACCAGUGUCUGGACCUGUUCACCACCGUCGAGCAGCUGGGACCAGAGGACCCAUGGUACUGCAGCAACUGCAAGGAGCAUCAGAGAGCCACAAAGAAGUUUGACAUUUGGUCGGCCCCACCCAUCUUGGUCAUCCAUCUGAAGCGCUUCAGCUACAAGAAGGCGUGGCGCGAGAAGCUCGACACCGUCGUCAACUUCCCAUUGAAGGGACUGGACCUGUCGCCAUACGUGCUCAACAAGUCGCAGGCCGACCCCAUCUACGACCUCUUUGCCGUGUCCAACCAUUACGGCUCGAUGGGAGGCGGUCAUUACACUGCCUACGCACUCAACGAGAUUGAGGACCAGUGGUUCAAGUUUGACGACAGCUCAACGCACUCGAUCGAUCCAUCAAACAUUGUCACAGACGCUGCCUACGUGCUCUUCUACCGAAGACGCGACACCUUUAGCCCAGACUUUGCCCUGAAUGCAGGCCUCAAGUCCUUCAAGGAGACAGUGACCGACCUCGUUGCCACCAACCCCCCUGCCACCGACAACAGCAACUCCUCUUCAUCCGGAUCAACUUCGGAUCACUCAUGGAACAACUCCUACUAUAACAGCAGCAGCAGCAGCUCAUACGGCAACAACUAUAGCGGUGGAGGCAGCGGCAUGGGCAGCGGCAGCAGUGGAAACUACAAUAGCAGCAGCAGCAGUAUGAACAGAGGACCAAGCACCACUCGUAGCACCUUUAGUUCGGCAGGUGCUCCACCCUACACAAGAUUUGCUGCAGCCGAGUCGACCUCUGACUCUAAUGGAGCCACUGGCGCCAGCGGCCCUAUUGUCCCAUACCUUCCAGACGCCACCACUACCUCAUCGACUUCCACAACAACCACCACCACUGCCGCCCAAUCAGUUGGCGCCAGCAACACUGGUGCAAGCAGCACAACCACCACCGCCACGGCCAACGCCGCCGCCACCACCAUCAUCAACAGCGAUCUUGAUGAUCCAGCCGAGAACAAGUAUAUGAACGUUGAAUGA